UCGCUUCCUCACACAGCAUGCUUGUUUCCUGGUCGUUGCUAACAACCUGCUGCCUGCAACUGGUCUGUCCGCCGUCCCCUCAUACCUUGGCGGUUCCCUGCUGUAGGGUUUUGAGAUGUGUGUAACAAUGAAGCCGUGUCGACGCUGAGUGCAGCGGGACUCUCAGCUCCGUGCUGGCUGCAUGGUGCUCCGCGUCUCUCUGCCCGCUUUCUGACGCUUGAGGUUUGCAGUCUGGCCUCCAGCCGCGGCUGCGAAUUAACUUCAUUUCUCAGCGUCGCCUUGCUCUGAAAUCAUGUUUUUUUUAUAAAGAUGGCGGCGAGGAGGACACUGUGAACUAAAUGACUGUCAGAAACAUCGCCUCCAUUUGUAAUAUGGGCACCAAUGCCUCUGCUCUGGAGAAAGACAUCGGCCCGGAGCAAUUUCCAAUCAAUGAACACUACUUUGGAUUGGUCAAUUUUGGAAACACAUGCUACUGUAACUCGGUGCUCCAGGCUCUCUACUUCUGCCGGCCUUUCCGGGAGAAUGUGCUGGCUUACAAAGCCCAGCAGAAGAAGAAGGAGAACCUGCUCACAUGCCUGGCUGACCUCUUCCACUCCAUUGCCACACAGAAGAAGAAAGUUGGUGUCAUCCCGCCCAAGAAGUUCAUCUCCCGCCUACGGAAAGAGAACGAUCUGUUUGACAACUACAUGCAACAGGAUGCCCACGAAUUCCUCAACUACCUGCUGAACACGGUGGCCGACAUCCUGCAAGAGGAGAAGAAGCAGGAAAAGCAGAACGGGCGCCUCAAGAACAACGGCACCGCCGUCACCACGGAGACCGAGACUGAGAACAAGACAGAGCCCACAUGGGUUCACGAUAUCUUCCAGGGCACACUGACCAAUGAGACACGCUGCCUCAACUGUGAAACGGUAAGCAGCAAAGAUGAAGAUUUUCUAGAUCUAUCUGUGGAUGUGGAGCAGAACACGUCAAUAACACACUGCCUCAGGGACUUCAGUAACACAGAGACGUUGUGCAGUGAAUACAAAUACUACUGUGAGGCAUGCUGCAGCAAGCAGGAAGCACAGAAGCGGAUGCGCGUCAAGAAGCUUCCUAUGAUCCUGGCACUACACCUGAAGAGGUUUAAGUACAUGGAGCAGCUGCACCGCUACACCAAGCUGUCCUAUCGAGUGGUGUUCCCCCUGGAACUCCGUCUGUUCAACACGUCCGGGGACGCAGUCAACCUGGAUCGCAUGUACGAUCUCGUAGCUGUGGUGGUUCACUGUGGCAGCGGCCCAAACAGAGGCCAUUACAUCACCAUCGUGAAGAGUCACGGCUUCUGGCUGCUGUUUGACGAUGACAUUGUGGAGAAAAUUGACGCCCAGGCCAUCGAGGAGUUUUACGGGCUUACCUCAGACAUCUCCAAGAACUCUGAGUCAGGAUACAUCCUCUUCUACCAGUCCAGGGAGUGACUGGAGCUGGAUCAGGGACACAGGAGAAGACUAAAAUAGGAUGAGACCUUUUUAUUGUUCUUUUUUUUUGUUUUACCUUCAGCCUAACAGACCCAGACUCCUGCCAUCUCCAUCCCAUCCUGUUCCCAUCCUCCAAGUCCGACCUCGUGCCAACCCUCUGUCCCAUCCCCAACCUCUGGCUUUACCUGUGCUUCAUCUCUCUCACUCUCUCUGUGUAACUUGCUUCUUGCCUUUUAGUCACCUGCAUCUGGACUGCACUUUAAAAAAUGAAAGCAAAAAAAUGCUCAACAGCAUGACAAAAACAAAAAAGGAGUCUAUGUUCACAUGGAGUCCCACACGCUUAGGUGUACACUGGUGGGAGGAGCCUGCAGAGGUGAUUCUCUACCAGAUACAAGGUUGGGUUGAAGGGUCUGGUGCAACACAGACUGUUGUCAGAAAUUGUUGAAAUCAUUUAUAUGUAUAUAAGGUCUUCUUCCAUGAUGCGUCACCCCUGUUUAGUUCCUUUGAUUAGGGCUAUUUUCCCCAUCACCUUUGCUAUGUUCCUGUCUCUGGCAGAUGCAUGAGAAGUGAAUCAAGUUGGAGACAAACACUGUAUAAUAUAUUUCAUGCAUUUUCAAUGGUUUAGAAGCAAUAUUUGAGCACUAAUUAGAGAGCACUCACAAGCUUAAAAAAGAAAAGAAAAGGUACGGUCAACAGCUGAAACUGUUGACAGUACAGAGGUUGUUUUGCCCCACAGAGAACCACUCUGUGAGCCGCUGUGUGUGCUUUAACUCAUGUCAGAUAAUCAGAUAUGAUCAACACUUAAUCCAACAUGCUCCAACACUACACACGAAAGGAAAUCCUGCUGUUUUCUCUGUCGGAUGGAUCUCCAUUCAAAUCAGCUGAAUCUUUAUACGUUUUCAUUCGGAUAGAAAACCCAUAUGUAUUGUACUUAACAUAUUUAUUUCUGUUAUUUGUAGUGCAGACUGGUAUAUAAUGAAGGUUAAUGUGUAAUAUGGCUCUUUUGAGAGCUUUGUAUGUUAAGACUCUUUUGUCUAAGCUCUGUGUGAAGGACACGGUGUAUGUAAUACACAACUUAAAGCUGGGGUAGGCAGUUUUGUUUUGCGUCAUUGAGCAAAAAUUCUAGAAUAGUCUUUUAACAUAUUGCAAUUCAAGUGGUCUGAGGACUUUUGCACCUACUAUUGGCUUUGUUUUUUUAGGCUUUAGAAAAGCCUAGCCUGUGACGAUAGACUUUGGCCAAUCACAUUUUAGAGAGAGGGCGUUCCUAGUCGCUGUUUUACACAUGCAGAUGCACGUCUCUUCAGAUGGUGAAAGCCUGAUUCAAUUGCGGAAGAUCCUGCAGAAAAAGUUUCCAGCAUUGGCAACAACUGCCUUCACUGCAAAGCAACCCAACAAAAUUACAGCAGACUUAUUAAAAAAAGUCUAUAAGAGAGUCUGACAAACACAAUAAAACGCACGUAAAUAUUGUCAAAGCAUGUCGGAGAUUGUGAGAAAAUGUUGCGGGCUUUGAAAUUGUGGUGUUUUUUUGUUUUUUUCAUUUCCAGAAAACUGCCUACCCCAGCUUUAAUAGGACAGCUGAAAAUAAUUGUAUCAGUUAUAUUUUUAAUUGUUAAAAGUUUACAUGUUAAAUCAUAAGAUAAGACAUGUUAACAUGAUGCAAGUGAGACCCAACCCUGAACUGCCCAAUCUUUCAAUUGACAAAAAAGUGAAAAGAGUGCAAUAAGAGGUGAAGGUGUCCAGUGUGGGAGUUCCCAGUGACACUAAUAUAAAGUACAUUUAAAUGUUAGUAGUAGAUGUGUUUCUUAAGUGGCUGAUUUCUUUCCCAGUGCUGUGUGUUUGUGUGGUUGUAAUAUUCAAAGUAAAUGCCCCCACCCCCUUCACCAUGUGCAAUACACACUACCUGCUAGGAUGUUAGCUUAGCUACAGCGUUCUUUCCUCCAUUUUAUUUUUAUAACCAUACCCAGCAUUGUCUUUUCUUUCUCUUUUCAUUCCCAUGCUGAACUACAGCUUAGUAGUUUUCUCUUGGUUUGUCUCUGACUUUGAUGCCGUAAACUGUGUGUGUCAUAUGUAGCACAUUGGAAUCCUAAGUCCCAUAGGAGUCCCAUUUAAGCCUUGAUGUUGAUUCAUACGACAUCCCUUGUACUGUAGAUGUUUUUUCUCUUUGGCUCAUUCCCCAGGGUCUGUGGCCACGCCCUGUGGAAUAGUGUGACAUCAAACUACUUGUUUUCAUGUGAAUGCCAUUCCUAUUUGCUGCACAUCAGCAGAAUUACCAUUUCAAAUGCAUCUCAUUAUAAAUAAGAGGUAGGAAUAGGAUUCAUUUGCUAGCUUUGUGUCUGUGUCUAUUCAAGAAAGGCAGAAUUUUAAAGUGAAAAUAGUGAAACUCUGGGUUUUGAAUGCACUUGUUUCUGCCGUCUCUUCCGUUUAGUCUGUUACUGGGUGAAGUCACGAGGAAUACGUGCCAAACUGGAGUCAAUACUGACCAUGCAACAGUCUUUAACAGAGCAUUAUUUUCUUUGUAAAGAUACAGCUGUACAUAUUAUGUAGAGAAACACUUCUGGAAAUAGGAAAAUAUUUUUUUAAAGUGAAGAUCUUUAAAAUGUAAAGACACUCAUGGCAAAUGAUUUUAGCUUAAUGCUGACCAUAAAAUGAAACCCUGUUAAGGAAAUACUGUGCUAUUUUACAAUCACUCAAUUACAUAGUCAAUCAGAUUUGUCACCAUCUGUCAUAUUUUUUAUUUUAUUUUUCUGGGUUAAACUGAGCCAGGAUAGAAAACCGUAGCACAUUUUAGACCUGCGUGAGAGAAAAGAGAGACUCUUAACGCGCCGAUCUUCCAUCAACACUUAUGCACUCGCCCUCACUGGAACGCUCAGUCGUUGCACUUGGUCUGAUAUAUCUUACUGUGAUAGUGUUCUACCUAGGAGAGCUGGGAUCUGUGUGAGGGAAGGAAGAGAAGAAUCCAGAGUCUCCAUCUAGUUGUAAACUGAAAGUGCACUUUAUCAAUGAUGAGCUUCAAUGCUUUAACAUGAAGAACCACAGUUUAACGCACUCAUUUUGAGUUAUUUCUUCUGUUCAAUAAAAUGACUUUCAACUAA